AUGACACAGCCAGACCCAAACUGGAACCCGCCUCGCGGACCAAAGAACCGAUACCCACACCGACGCGGCCACGUCCAAACAUCAAGUGAUCCAAACCCCGCCCCGCAGAUCUUGCAACCUCAAAGUCAGCAUACUGGGUCGAUUCGGAAUCCGCAGCAGCGGAAUAGCGAUCCGUUCCAAUAUGAUACGCAGACAAUGCCAUACUGGGACGAUGCAAGCGGCGCAAUCCACGAUGUCUCCAACGCCACACCGCGGAAUCUAGAUCGAGCAUACGCGAAGGGCUUUGGUGGUGAGAAGACUGGAACUACGCAUGACCAGCAACAGCAGGACCAAGUUGCGGGUCUUCAAACGUAUGGGCAACAUCAGUGGCAUAAUCCGUAUGCUGAAAUCGUUGGCGGUGGACCGUAUGCACAACAUCAAGCAACCCAUCCAACAUCUAGCCCACCAAAGAACACAUCUAAGACCGCUACCAAAGACAACAAAGCCAAUAGGAGGGAUUUCACACCCUACUUCGACGCCGCAGACCCACGGAACCACACCGACCUGCGGAGUCCAGAUAAAUACAACUUCCUCGGAACGAAAGACGUGAAUCAGAAGAUGCGCCAGGACACAUCGAUCAAGCUAGCAACAGAGAAGCGUGGAAGCAUCAAGGCAGACCAGCCAUUACAAUCGCUACCAGAACAUGAGCCAAAGACAACACUAGUAAAGAGGAAGAGCGCGCCUCUUCCGCCAAUUCUACCUAGAUUCAACUUCGAGAACCCGCCAAUAUCGGGGAAGCUGGCCAAGUCUAGGACAGCUUCGUUUGGGAAGAGUGCAGAAACUCCAACCCAAUACACCACCCCUCUUUCCGCGAUCAACGAAGCACCGUCUCCGCUGAGCAAAGCAAACAAGCGACGAAGUGUCGAUCGCACACCCACGCUCGACCGCGUCCUCGCCCUCCGCGCAGAAGAACAAGCAAAAGCGCUUGCGAAACUCGAGGGCGAGAUCCAAGAAGACAAGGCUGUCGAUGAUAGCGAACAACAUAUCCCCCGCGAGUUGGUCAAGCGGAUAAGCGACUCGGAAAGCCGGUGUAUUCCUAGAGUCACGUCGCGGGAAGAGAAGCGGCAUGCGUCCGAGUUUGUUCCGGGUAUGAAAGUGGCGGGAGUGGAUGAGUGGGAGGGGGGUUGUGUUAUGGAUGAUCCGGCUGUGAAGAUGGAGAAGGAGGAGGAGGAGGCUGUGGGGAGCAGUGUGUAUAGUGAGAACAAUGCUCAAGAAGACGAGAUUGAGACGUUGACAAAGGCGAUCGCAGGUCUGAAGCCGUUUCAGGAUCUGCCUGCUCCAUCGCCGAAGAAGAAAGCGUUCGAGCGGCAAAGCGCUGUGCCAGUGGGGUUGGAUGUGGGCAGGAUUGGGAAGGGGAAAGGGGGAAUCAAGGGUGGAGCCGGAUCUAAGCCAAAGCCGGAGGAACUAGGUGGAAGGACGCAAGAUGAGGCAGAAGCGGAGCUUCUCCAGGUACUCAAUGCCACGGGUGAAAGGACUGGUAGGGGUAGCGCAGGCGUGGGAACGUCGCAGGAGAACUCAUCGGCUGAGUCUUUUGCGACGGUUUCUUCGGAUGAUUACGAACAGAUUCGGGCGGAGGAUGAGCUGGCGUCGGAGCAGAAUGGUGUGAAGAGGCGGUGGUACAAGGGCUUUCGGAAGGUUUGA